UUACUUGGUUUUACAUUUACAUUUACCAUUACCAAAUACCAAUCUUCUCCUUCUACUUUACACCAACCUUGGCCUUUUCUCUUCUUUUUUUUUGUUUGGUUAUUGGUUCUAGUUUUGUCUCUCUCUCUCUCUCUCUCUGGAGUCUGAGUCUGAGCUUUGAAAAUCUUCUCAUCAAACAGAAUCCCCCUUCCUUCCUUCCUUCCUUCCUUCCCUUCAGUUGAGUUCCUCCAGGAGAGGCGUUGAUUGCAGCUGGAAAGAAGAAGGGGCUCUGAAGAAAUGUCUUCUGGGUCCGUAACAUUCAGAAAUUCAAUAUAAAAAAAAAACAAAACAAACAGAAGAAAAAGAAAAAGGGAGUUGCUAAGCUAAAUGCUUUGCGCUUUCUUUUUACGGAGCGAAACGAAACGAAAUGAAUGAAUCCUUUCUCUCCUCUCAUUUCAGAAGAGCAAGAGCCUUCUUUCUUGUUUCACUCAUUCUCACUCUGAAACAUCGUACCUAAAAACAAAGCUUUCCCACCAGUUAAUGUUACGGAGAAGAAGAAUUGAAAGGAAGACAACUGGGUUUGGUUUUGUCUUGGCACAGAUCUGGAAAACAAAGUGGAGUCAAGAAUCAUCAAAGAACAACCAGAGAGCAAUAACAAAAGACUUGUCGUCUUUGACCUUUCCUGAUUCCUCUAUUCUGCUUUUGCUGUAGAAAGAAAGAUUCCUAUUUCCUACGGCUCCCAGAAGAAGAAGAAGAGAAAAAAGCUUGAAACUUUGCGGAAACACGAUAUGAAGAAAAGAGCAUCAUUUUAAAUCAGAAGAAGGAAAGAAAGAAGAUCAUGAUGAAAUUGAUGGGAUUGAUUAAGCUUCUUCUAUUACUUGCGUUUCAUCUUCUACUAGUAUUCUCCAAAGCAGCAGCGGAAGAAGAAGCAGUGACAAUGUUGUUGGCCUUUAAGAACUCCUCCAUUGAAUCAGAUCCCAAUGGCGUUUUACUCAACUGGAAACUCUCAUCUUCAUCUUCAUCUUCUUCUUCAAGCCCGUGCUCAUGGUUUGGCGUCUCAUGCUCCUCCAAUGGAGUCGUCACUUCCCUCAACCUCUCCAACUCCGGCCUCUCCGGCACCCUCCACCUCAACUACCUCUCAUUCCUCUACCAUCUCCACCUUCCACACAACUCUUUCUCCGUCGCCGCCGAUACCAACAGUCUCUCCGCCGCCUGCGCAUUCGAGACUCUCGACAUCUCCUCCAACAACGUCUCCGCCUUCCCUCUCACCGAUCUCCGCCCCUGCGACCGCCUCCAAAGCCUCAAUCUUUCUCGCAAUUCGAUCUCCGUCGGCGGCGGACUCCGUUUUAGUACCUCUCUGCUGUCGCUCGACCUGUCCCGCAAUCGAAUCCCGGAGUUUAAGAUAAUGUCCGAUGAUUGCCGGAACUUGAAGCUUCUCAAUUUGUCUGAUAAUAAGCUCAAUGGUGUCAAUGUCAUGACUAGUGUUGUCUCUUCUUGCGCAAGUCUCUCGACUCUUGACUUGUCUUAUAAUCUUUUCUCCGGGAAUAUCCCCUCUUCCUUGGUGGCCAAUGCUCCGGAGUCUCUCAACUCUUUGGAUUUGUCACAUAACAACUUCUCCGGCGAAUUCUCCGCCCUCGACUUCGGCCGUCGCUGCGCCAACCUCACUGACCUGAGGCUGUCUCGAAACGCGCUCUCCGGCGCUGAAUUUCCGGCCAGUUUGAGAAACUGCCGGGCUUUGGAGACUCUGGACCUCUCAUACAACAAUUUGCAGGACAAGAUUCCUGGUACUAGUUUGGUAAGUUUGAGGAAUUUGAGACAACUCUCAUUGGCGCAUAAUAAUUUCUAUGGCGAAAUACCUACGGAAUUAGGACAGCUUUGUGGGACUCUUGAGGAGCUUGAUCUCUCAUCAAACAGCCUCUCUGGUGAGCUGCCUUCGGCUUUUAGAUCAUGCUCUUCUUUGGUGAGUUUAAACCUCGGAACAAACCAACUCUCUGGGGAUUUCAUAACAAGAGUCAUUAGCAGUCUUCAAAGCCUGAGGUAUUUGCAUUUGCCAUUCAAUAAUAUGUCUGGUCCUUUUCCAUUUUCUUUCACCAAAUGUACUCAGCUUCAAGUGUUGGAUUUAAGCUCCAAUUCCUUUACUGGAAACAUCCCUUCUGGAUUUUGCUCAUCCUCAGCUUUGGAAAAGAUUCUGCUUCCGAAUAACAAACUUUCAGGUUCUGUCUCGGUAGAGCUUGGGAAGUGCAAGUAUUUGAAGACUAUUGAUCUCAGUUUCAACAAUCUGAGUGGUCCGAUUCCAUCGGAGAUUUGGCGGUUGCCGAAUCUUUCGGACUUGAUCAUGUGGGCAAACAAUCUUAGUGGUGGAAUCCCGGAAGGCGUUUGCAUAAAUGGAGGUGGAAAUUUGCAGAUGCUGGUACUAAACAACAAUAUGAUCAAUGGAACACUUCCGGACUCCAUUGUCAAUUGUACAAACAUGAUAUGGAUUUCGCUUUCUAGCAACCAGAUCACCGGAGGAAUUCCCCGUGGAAUACGCAAUCUUGCCAACCUCGCCAUCCUGCAGAUGGGAAACAAUUCUCUAUCAGGGCAGAUUCCUGCAGAGCUCGGAAUGUGUCGGAGUCUUAUUUGGCUUGAUUUGAACAGCAAUCAGCUCUCCGGGUCCAUCCCUUCUGAGCUCACCGACCAAGCGGGGCUCGUCGUUCCUGGCACUGUUUCCGGGAAGCAGUUUGCGUUCGUGAGGAACGAGGGCGGAACGGCCUGCAGGGGUGCCGGAGGGCUAGUCGAGUUUGAGGGUGUUCGACCCGAGAGGCUGGAGAGAUUUCCCAUGGUCCACUCCUGCCCUUCAACAAGAAUUUACUCCGGGAUGACAAUGUACACUUUUUCGAGCAAUGGCAGCAUGAUUUACCUUGAUCUCUCCUACAAUUCCUUGUCCGGAACCAUUCCCGACAAGCUCGGAAACAUGAACUAUCUGCAAGUUUUGAACUUGGGACACAACAUGCUAACUGGAACCAUUCCCGGCAGCUUUGGCGGAUUGAAAAUGGUAGGGGUUCUCGAUCUCUCUCACAACAACCUCAGUGGAUUUAUUCCGGGCUCGUUGGCGACUCUCUCCUUUCUCAGCGACCUCGACGUCUCCAACAACAACUUGACAGGUUCCAUUCCCUCCGGAGGUCAGCUCACAACUUUCCCAGCGUCCAGAUACGACAACAAUUCGGGCCUUUGCGGGCUACCCUUGCUGCCGUGUAGCGCAAGAAACCGCUCGGCAGGUCUCAACACUCGCGGAAGAAAGCAGUCUAUGGCUGCAGGGAUGAUAAUCGGGAUCGCCUUCUUUGUCCUCUGCAUCCUAAUGCUGACACUGGCGCUUUACCGAGUGAAGAAGCACCAGCGAAAAGAGGAAGAGCAACGGGAGAAGUACAUUGAAAGCCUUCCAACAUCGGGUAGCAGCAGCUGGAAACUCUCGAGCGUCCCCGAGCCUCUGAGCAUCAACAUUGCCACAAUUGAGAAGCCUUUGCGCAAGCUGACUUUUGCACAUCUGCUUGAGGCCACAAACGGUUUUAGUGCAGAUAGCUUGAUUGGUUCGGGGGGUUUCGGCGAGGUCUAUAAGGCGCAGCUGGGAGACGGAUGCGUUGUCGCAAUCAAGAAGCUUAUUCAUGUGACAGGCCAAGGGGACAGAGAAUUCAUGGCGGAGAUGGAAACGAUCGGAAAAAUCAAGCACCGCAACCUAGUUCCUUUGUUAGGGUAUUGUAAAAUCGGAGAAGAGAGGCUUCUUGUCUAUGAAUACAUGAAAUGGGGGAGUUUGGAAGCUGUUCUUCAUGACAAGUCUGAUAAGGGAGGAAAUGGAUCGACACUCGGGUGGGCAGCACGCAAAAAGAUUGCCAUAGGGGCUGCGAGAGGCCUGGCAUUCCUUCACCAUAGCUGCAUUCCUCACAUUAUCCACCGCGACAUGAAGUCUAGCAAUGUUCUUCUUGACGAGAAUUUUGAGGCUAGAGUUUCCGAUUUCGGGAUGGCUAGAUUGGUAAACGCGCUCGACACGCAUCUCAGCGUGAGCACCCUCGCGGGCACUCCCGGUUACGUGCCUCCAGAGUACUACCAGAGUUUUAGGUGCACAACAAAGGGGGACGUGUACAGCUACGGCGUGGUGCUGUUGGAGCUGAUCUCGGGGAAAAGGCCUAUUGACCCGUUGGAGUUCGGCGAUGAUAACAACCUUGUUGGAUGGGCGAAACAGCUGAAUAAAGAGAAGAGAAGUAGUGAGAUACUUGACCCUGAGUUGUUGACAGAUCAAUCUGCCGAGUCCGAGUUGUGCAAUUAUCUAAGGAUCGCCUUCGAGUGCCUCGACGACAGGCCAUUGCGUCGACCGACCAUGAUUCAGGUGAUGGCUAAGUUUAAGGAUCUUCAAGUUGAUUCGGAGAAUGAUAUCAUGGACGGCUUCUCACUUAAAGAAACUGUGAUUGAUGAUGAAUCGUGAGAAGAGAAAAAUAAAAAAAAAAUAAAACUAUCAAGCUUCAUCGGAAGAUUGGUUCAAUGGGCUCUAGAUUUUGUGGUGAUCAUGUAAAUAAUAGGAGUUAUGUGAUGAUAGAGAAAUGUUGGAAGGAAAGCACAGGGAGACUUCAUAGUUUGGUUAGUUUUGGCCACUUGGGUUUCUGUUGUUUCCUGUUGCAGUUUUGCUGACUGGUUGUUGUUGUUGCUGUUGUUGUUUGUUGUUUGUUGUUUGUUGUUGUUGUUCAUAGAAAUUACAACACAAUGGAAGAGCAUUUUUGUAAAGUUUUUUGUAGCAAUAGAAGAAUUAUUGGGAAAAAAGAAAUUUGA